GGCCACGGCGGCGGGGGGCCCGCGGCGCCCCCUCACGGGCCACUGCCGAGACUCCGCUCCCAUACUGCGUCCCCCACAGCACCCAGGACUACAACUCCCAGAGGUCCCACAGCACUCGGGACUACAACCCCCAGAGGUCUCCCAGGGCCUGGGACUACAACUCCCACAGUGCCCGCGGGUCCUUAUCCGAUCGCGGCGAAAGGCCUGGAAGGACCCGGGCUGUAGUGGCGGCCGCAGCCGCGGGCCCGGCUCGGCCCGGGUGAGCGCUGCGGGCGGAGGAGGUUUCGUGCGGGAGCACCUCGGGCAGGGUCGGCGUGUGGCGCAGCGCGGAUUGCGGCGUGGAUGUGCGCUUUCUCCUCCGCAGCAGGAAAUGGCAGCGCUAGGCAGAUCCUUCCAGGGCAUCCCGGCGGGCCCGGCCGUGGAACUCCCCACAGCGCCGGCCGCUGCCCCGGAGCGCCACGGCCCGCAGCCCUUAGUCGGCGGCCACGGCCGUCUGCAGCCGCCCGGGAUGGUCAUGGCAGGGAUCGGAAACGACGGCGUGGACGGAUCCUCCGGCCUCUGUCUGCAGAGCAGCUUCGACCUGGCCUCCCUGGCCGCGCUCGGGAGCCACAGCGAGGGGCUGACGGUGGCCCCGGUGAGCUCCUUCACCAGGAGCCGCAGCCAUGUCUCUGUGCGAUGUGGAAAGAAGCAUAAGCUAGAAGAAGAGGCAGAAGGCUGUCCUGUGCGGAAGAAGAGACUGACAGGAGCCAAAAAUUGCCCUUUGAAUCCCAACACUGAAGAAUGGAUUCUUUGUGCAGGUCAGCAGGCAGCUGGGGAGGUAGCAAGUCAGUAUGGUGGCAGCGGUCCUGAAACUGCCAUGUUAGAAAUUCCCUGUGAAGAAAUGGAUCAGACAAUGGGGGAACAGCAAUGCGAGGUUGCUCGCAGGAAACUUCAGGAAAUUGAGGACAGGAUAAUUGAUGAAGAUGAGGAAGUUCAUGCUGAUGGAAAUGUUAGCAAUCUGCCCACUCUUAUCCUGUCAGAUACCCUUAAGAAAGGGAUGAAGAGGGAUUUUGGUGAAGUCCUGACAAAGAAAAUAAUAGAAUCUAUGAGCCGUCCUUCUAUGGAGCUUGUGCUUUGGAAACCUCUUCCUGAAUUUAUGACAGAUAAACUGAAGUCUGUUUCUGUUAAGAACUUCAAGCAGCAGAGUACAGAAGUAUGUCAAGCUAAGCUGCCAACACCAAGAGCUCCUUUUGACCCACAGACUGAAACGUUCCCUGGAUCACAACAGACUGCCAUGUCUCCAGAUCCAUAUGCUAGUUUGGGAGUAUCUGGGUGUGCAGAAGAAGAAAUGGAGUUGUAGAUGCCAGAUUUUAGACUGGAAGUGGUGAGCUUCUGAUGCUUAUUGUUGAUGUUUUUUGAUUAUUUUUUUCUGGUUUGAUGUGUGAAUCUGAAGUUAUAUUAUUUGGUUUUUGUUUUGUUACUAACAAUCAUAAGCACACCACAAUCAUAGGGUGGCCAGGAAACACCCUAAGAUUUCUGUGUUCCAAUCUGUUAAAUAUUCUUAUUUUUACUGAAAAGGUAAUUCGGAGGCCUUUGGAACAGGGAAGUAGCUUUCCAUCUUGCUUAAUGGUGAAAUAUCCUCUUAAUUGCCCUUGGUAAAGCAUAAAAUCCAAAUAUUGAAUGUAACUGUGGCUUAAGCCACACCUUUGUCUUACUGAGCCAUUGAAACUGGUGCACAUACUAUUCUUGGCCAUUUGGUUUAAUUUAAAUUACAAAAUGUAAAGGAAAAAAUAUCUUCAAAUCUAGUCACGAAUAGAAAAGCAGUCCCUCUGGUAAUACAGCUGUUACAUCAUCUUACUUGUUUGGACUUGAUGUAAACUCAGAUGUAGAAAUUACACAAUCCAUGGAGUGGUAGGGAAGGAAUAUUACAGCUGAGCUUAAGUCUUUUGCUUUGUAGAAAGUAAAGCCAGCACUUACAACUUGCAGGAUACCUGCUAACUUCAGUCGUCUUUGGUUCAUUGGCUUCUAAAUUUUGUUUGUGGGUUUUUGAUGUUCCCCUCCCCAAGCAAUGCAAAGUUUGGAGAAAAGUAGUUCUCAGCAAGGAGAUUCACAUUUUACAUUGUGCUGAGAUUCUUUGUAUACAUGGAGUUGGAAAGUCAGUUAAGACAGUGUAACUUCUGACGAAAUGAAUGGCAUCCGUUAAUUUGGGUAAACAUGAUAAGUAAAUCAGCUAACAGGAUAAUGGCUGCUGGCUGCCAUUAGGAGGGUCAAAUGCUGGGUCUGUACCCAAGUCCCAGCCUUUGGUGGCUUUGGUGGUGAGGUAAAGGAGAUACCUGUCUUUUUCCUGAGAGAAUCUAGACAUAAAAUUUAAGCCACAGUAUGUGCCAAUAAUAGAGCAUCACAUUGUUUAUACAGAUGGGUGCCAAAAGAAUUUUCUACCCUGCACAGGGUGCCAAGGAAAGGAAUCCACAAUGAGCUAUUGCUUGUACCUUUUCUCAAUGCACAGCAGUUUGUUAUGCUUAAGGUUCUCUAACUUGUUUAAGGGUUUUAUCUUUUGUUCAUAAGUCCUUGAGCUUUCUCAGAGAUACCUGAAUUUGAGGCUUUUCAUAAGAAAUCCCGUUCCAAGUAACAGGUUCUGUUCAGAGUCCUACGUCCCAAUCUGGUUUUGACAUCUUGCUAACAUAAAGGAACAAGUACACAGUAAUGCAGCUGCAGAAAAUCUACUCUUCCUCUGCACAGCCAAAAGAUAAUCCUUGUAAUAAUAUUCUUCACUGCUGAAUAACCCAUAGCUGAAAGCUUGAAAUCAGUCUUCUCUUUUUGCAGUCCUUCUGGUUGUUCAAAACAUACCUGUUUGUUAAACCCUGUUUAUCUUGCUGCUUUUGUUGAAGGUUGUCUGAAAUUUCCUGUCUCUUGAUAAAACAUUUUAGAGUUUCACUAAAAACACUCCAGCAUUUGAGUAGGUAUUACUCUGGAAACCAGUAUACACCUGUACCAUUCUGGAAGGUUUUUUAAGUUGAAGAACAUGUGCAGCCUGUCUAUAAUGCCUAAUUUCAUUGCAGGGUCUGCUAUAAAUCUUUUGCAUGAACUGUGUAAAAAUUUCUUAUGUAUUAUUAAGCUGCUGAACAUCUUUUAAAACCUACAGCCUUUGAUGUGCUCCAGUGGUUGAGUAGAACAUACAGCAGUCAGUUUGGAGAAGGCUGUAGUCACUGCAGGUAGAAAAUGUGAUGCCUCCAAGUAAGUGACUGGUUUUCAGCUUGCUGGAUUAUAGUUAAAGUAUUUUAGGUGAAAGCUCUGAAUCCUAAAUAAACUGAAAAAAAAAGGAUGAAAAUUUCAAAAAUGUGACAAAACCAUCUCAGCAACAUUGAAACUGCAACAGAAGAUGUAAAAAAAAACUCUAGGAGGCCUAAAUACAUCAAAUGAUGCAGUUGUUUUCCUCUUAAAAACACCAAACUGCAUAUCAGAUUUGCAGAAUAAGAAAUUGUUGUGGAUGGCUUUUAAGCAUACUUUUUUCCUGCUAGGUUUGUACCAAAGGUUGACUUUCAGAGAUGUUUUUCCUCUUAAUUCAAUGCCAACAGGGCAUCACUGACCUGUUACCUGCCAUCUAAAACAAGAAUAGAGUGCUGCACUGUUGACAAAGACUAUGAGAUGGAGAAAAAAAAUUGUCUGACAAGUUUGCUUUGAUAAAAAACAUUUGCUUUCAUUUUUCCACAACGCAUUUCUGCCCUUGUGAUAGGAGACAGUGGGGGUGAGUUGCUUAAAUUGAUAGAAGAGUGGGAACGAAGUGACCAAGGAGCACUGAGCAAGAUCUUUGCUACAGCAAUCACUUGGAGAGGGUGAUUGGAUGAGAGAUCAAGCUGUGGGCAUUUACAGACUUCUGUAUUUGUGAGUUUCAUUUGUUGUUGUCUUCAUUAAAAGACUUUUAUUAAUGCUGUUCACAGACGGGAUGGCAAAUGCGAUGCAGUAUUAGGAAAAAUAUUAUUUUGAAAUACGAAAGAUCCGAUUCUGGUCUGUCUUCUCUUGGGACCAAAUCACCCUUUGUAUGUCAGUUUUCAAUAAAUUUUCUAAAAUAUUUUUUA